AUGGAGAGGAGGAAGUUCGACUGGCGGAGAUUCUCUGCGCCAGUUGCCAUCGCAAGCAUGAUCCUCGCGGUCCUCUCUGUCGUUCUCUACUUCAACGUUCGCGAAUAUCUCACUGCGCCAGAUGAGGCCAACCUGCCAAGGGUGACGGUCGAUCUCGGCUACGCGAGAUAUGCUGGGAACGUGCUCCCCAGCGGCGUGAACCAGUUUCUGGGAAUGAGAUAUGCGGCACCUCCCAUAGGAAAUCUGAGAUGGCGCGCCCCUCAGGAUCCCGAACCCAAGGAAGGCACAACAGAUGCUAUCGAUUUUGGGCCGAUAUGCCUGGGGACGGAUGUGACUUAUCCUACUUCGGGUCAAGACGAAGACUGUUUAUACGUCAAUGUCUGGUCGCCUAAUAACACGACGCCCGACUCGAAGCUCCCUGUAUGGUUGUUCAUCCAAGGCGGAGGUAAACCUCUCUUCACUCGGUUGCGCUAUCCUCUCGCGGAAUGA